UUACAGAGCUAUUUAUUCGUGGCAUUACCUCAAAUUUGGAUAUUUGACCGAGAGAAUCCAAAGCUGAAGGCAUUGUGUGUUAAGCUGUGAUAUCCGUUCGAAAUCUUUCACAAGGCCAGUACAAGAAAGUUCCUUUUGAGGCAACGCCAUCAUCAUGGCCUUUUAUCCCAAUUUCCCGGCCAUUUAUGCUUAUCCCAUGCCUUUUGCCAAUCAAGAGUUUUAUGCCAUGUACCCCCCUGGGUCGGCUGUGGAAGGACCCCUCUAUUACGAUCACCCGCAUCAUGCGGGUAGUCCUCAUGGACGAAACUCGGUGACUGGAAACCACCCACCCAGUGUGAAGCAUGGAUACAACAACAGGAAAGAUUCCACGGACUCCGGUAUUUCGGACUAUUCGUCCAUCAGCAGCCGCAAGACGUCUAGUACUUCAACCAUCAGCAAUGCCAGCAUCAUGGAGGAUCAAAGCCACUUGGAUGAUAUAAAGGAGGAGCUCCCUUUCGAGGAACCGGAUGAGGACCUUUGCGAGCAGAUCGCCCGCCAAGUUGAGUUUUACUUCUCAGAUGCCAACAUCACCAAGGACAAGUUCCUGCUCAAGCACGUCAAGCGAAACAAGGAAGGAUUUGUUUCUUUGAAGCUCAUCUCAAGCUUCAAACGUGUGAAACAUUUAACGAAGGAUUGGCGGCAAGUCGCUUUUGCCAUCGAGAAGAAAUCUGACAUCUUGGAAGUCAACGACUUAAAGACCAAGGUUCGUCGUUUGGAUGCCUUGCCCGAGUACGAUGAGACCACGCCCUCUCGAACUGUGGUCGCUUUGGAUUUACCUUUGGAACGCCCAACAAUUGAGGGUGUGGCUGAGAUUUUCUCCGUGUGUGGGGAUAUUGUCCUUAUUCGCAUCCUUCGUCCAGGAAAUCCUGUUCCUGCCGACAUCAAACCUUUCGUCAACAAGCACCCCGAGAUGACUGCCAAGGUGUGCGCACUUGUUGAAUUUGAACGGACGGAGUUUGCCCUGAAGGCUGUCCGUGAAUUGGAUAACGAAGAAGAAGAUAAAAUGAAGGUUAUGGAGUUGACUGCUCCUCCUCCAAAGACCACUAAAAAAGACGACAAGAAGAAGAACUCGAAGGCUAUGCUCCAGCAGCAAUCCUCUUGUGGUCCUUCUCGUCGGUUCAGCCAUGCUGGAUUCAAUUUGCCUCCCCAGCAUGCCAGCCCUGAUCACAUGGUUCUUGGACCACGAAGAAGAAUUUCUCUUUACCACAACAUGAAAUUUUCCGCUUUGAGUGAGGAGCAACACCAAAAGGAGCAACAACUCGGUGGUCUCAAUCCCAAUGCCCCCUCUUUCAACAUGCAACAGCGAAGAAUUUCUCGACCUCCGUUUGUUCAUCCUCACUUGGAAUUGGCGGCUAUGAACCAGGCCAUGCAAGGUGGAGCUCCUAUGUAUCCACAUGGCCCGUGGAUGACUCGAAGAAUUUCUGGUCUUGGACCUGAGAUGGCCGCUUCCGGAUUAGCCAUCCCCCCAAAUGUGCUCCGCUUGCCUAGAGGUCCCGACAAGGGCAAAGGCUUCAACAAGUGGUGCCGCAACCGCAUGGAUGUUAACCCCCACCCUAACACAAGCCCCAAGAAGCCUUCUUAUGCUGUGCCAAUCGUUGCUCCCACCUCUGAGGAGAAAAAUCUGAAAGCUAGUGGCGGGUCAAGUGGCGAACCAUUGCCCAUUGACAAGAAGGUCAAGGAAGUUACCGGACCCUCACCUGCGCCUCAUUCCCCUGAAGAGGCUGCUGCCCCUGAGGUAGUGGAUGCUGCCCCUGUUGCUCCUGCUGCUCCUGCUGCUCCUGCUGCUCCUGCCGCUACUGCCGCUCCUGCUGCAGGUGUUGUUGCACCUAAUGUCGAGGUUAUUGUGGAAGGAGCGGCUGCUCUUGCCGUAAACGCCAAUGGUAGUCCCGACUUGUGUGACUCCGGAAACGAGGAUGACGUGAGCUUCUCUGAUGACCAAGAUGUGGAAGCUCUCGAAAACGAGAGAUCCCGCUGAGAUCGCCCCCUUUGGGAAACUAGUCAUUAAGUGUAUAGUCAAUAUCCCCACUCCAGUUUCAUCCGUCUCCGUUCCUGCUCCUCAAAUCCUUUACAAUGACCCAAUGAUUUCAACCUUUUUCCCUCGCCUCUACUUAAUAAGGUCCUAGACCUCUCCAUACCACCUUUACACGCCCUGCCACCCGUUUUGGGACACUGUAUACAGUCAUUCUUAUUAGUAGGUUAGACUCCACGAAAUCAUUCAUUCAUCCUUGGUGAUGGGAAUAUCUCUAUUUCUGCUUCCCAUACUUUAUGUGAAGUAUCUUCAGAAACCUCUUGGUUAACACCUUGCUUCAGAACUCAUACUGUAAAAGUUUCAUGAUGGAAAUUUCCAAAAAACAGCCACGAGCCACACCCCUUGACCCCAAGUUCAAAAUUGUCCAUGAAAUUCUUGAUCGGUAAAAGAGCAACUUGUUAUUCUGUGAAAAGAACUCUAUUUAAGAUAUUUAAGAUACAUUAAAUAUUUAUGCAUACUCUCAAGCACAUUUGUUACCGAUAUAUUUGGAAAUUUCCCUAAAAUACAAACUCAUUUUCCGGA